AUGAUUGAUGCCAAACCUGUGAGCUUACCCAUUGUUCAGCACUUUAAGUUUUACUCGCUAACUCUCCUAAGGAUUCUGACCAAGCACACCAGAAACAGAUGGUUGUCAUACCCUAAUGUAAUCCUGAUCUCUACUAGACCUGAUCUCUCAUAUUCAGCUAGCUUAGUUAGUAGGUAUAUGUCUAAUCCUAGUAAGAGACACUGGGAGGCUUCUAAAUGGAUCCUAAGAUAUCUAGUUUGGUCUAAAAACUCUAAGUUAGUCUAUCAAAGGUCAGCUGAACCAAAACUAGAGCUUUAUGGAUAUGUUGAUGUUGACUAUGCUGGUGAUUUAGACAAAAUGAGGUCCUUAACAGGUUACCUUUUCCUUUUUGGUCCUAAUCUAAUCAGCUGGAAAGCAUCACUUCAGCCUAUAGUAGCCAUAUCUACAACUGAAGCUGAAUAUAUGGCUCUAACUGAAGCAAUCAAAGAGGCUUUGUGGCUUUAG